CAUGCCCCUGCCAAGGGCGGCCUGUGAUCUUGACUGGAAUAGUUUAGUUCAAGCAGCCCAAGAAUAUGAGACACAAAGGAUGGCAGCCCUUUUGUCAGAAAUGAGUCCUGUAUCAAGCAGGCCAGACACACCAUCCAAUGGAACCUACAAGAUCCACCAAUCCAGUGCCUACUGCAGUGGAGAAGAUAUAGACAGUGACUUAUUCAUUGACUUUCCUGACCAACUCUCUCACCUGGAAGGGAUGCUUAGGCGACUGAGUAGUGAUCUGCUGAAGGAGAAGAGAGACAAGGUGGCUCUUCUGGCAGAGGUGUUGAAGCUUCGCAUUAGCAACCAGCAUCUGAGAGAAGAGUCCCUUUGUGCAUGUGCACAACUACACAAAAUCAGCAACAUUUUAAACACGGCACCUGGAGAGAUGGAGUAAUGCAGGGUAGCAAGCAAAGUCUACAAGUCUGGAUAUCGGCACACUUUUUUUGCCCUGAUUUGGGAGGUAAAAAUCUGCAGAAUGGAUGUAAACAUUUAUAGAUGUGUUACAUGAAGCCAUUGGUGACUGAAAGCUUUUUCAAAUUAACCAAAAUAUUUCAUUUCAUGAACAAACAUUUAGGGGCAGAGGUUAUGUAGAAACAUAUAAAGCAACUUACAAAUGACAAUGUUCCAGUUCUUUUGAUCUUUUUUACUGGUGCAGGUUUCAUGCAAGCUUGAAAACCCAAACAAAAUGAACUAAUUUAAGGUUUAUUAACAGCACAGUACAAACCAGAACAACUUUCAUGAGGUUGGCAACUCUCUUGGGAAACAUAUUAGAGCUCCUCUAAGGCUUCUUACUGAAUAAUUAGGUUAAGGCUAUAAAAAAGAACAACAACUAUAAA